CCUAGGUGGGCUCUUGGGCAAACCCUGGAAAUCCGAGCCUUUACUAAAUCCUACAUGGAGUUCUCCAUCUAGUCGUCUCUGUAUACAGUGUACGCGCCGUUAUUUUACCUAGUCUAUUUUUUAUUUUUAUUUUAUUUUUUAGAUCUCCUACCAGAAAAAGGAAACAAAAAAUAAGAGAGAAUGGAGCAUGCCGAACCCCGCUACCUGUACAAAAUCGUCUCGUCCACCUCACCCGUUCGAGAACCGCUGCCUGAGAGACUCCCUGUGAGCGAAAUCGAUAAAAACUCCGGAUUCAUCCACCUUUCCACCGCCAAACAAGUACCUGUUACCCUAAAGUCUUUUUUUGAGGGUGAGCCGCUUGUCUACGUGCUGCGUAUCAGCUAUGAUGCCGUCAGGAGCGAUAUCCGCUGGGAAGAUCCCGAUACCAAAUCUUUCGGAUCAAGAUAUGGGGAAGGACUAUUCCCGGUAAGUAACUAUUUGCCAUCACCCUCUUUAUCUCUCUUUGGUCAUUCUGAUGGAGUUUGAUACGGGGGUCUUAGCAUCUCUACAAUGAAUUCAAGUUGGGCAGAGAUGAGGUGGAGAGUUUGGGGGUUUGGACAAACGACAGUGGAUGGGACGAGAUGCUACGACGGGCAAAGCCAUGGCUUUUAUUCUAACGCAUUCUGUUGCGUUGAAAAGAGCGGGUAGUAAUCUUCUGUGCUUUUGCUACGAAUUGGCGGAUACCAUGAAGACAUGAUAACUGUAUGUCAUAUUCAUGGCGGAAAUUUU